AUGGACAAUCUUGAACUAUUCUUGCAUUAUGGCAAAGCAAAUAACACUAAAGCUGUUAAGAAGUCUUUCAAAUCAAUUGAAUACUAUCAAAUAGGAACACACAAAGUAAUUCAAGACAUAGAUGGCUCUUUUAAAUGCAUCUGCAAUUUAAAAAAUUGUAUUCACAUCUAUAAAUGCACCAAUAUAAAUCACUAA